ACCCUCCAUCCUGCCAUGAGUUCUGGCUGCAGCAGAGGAGCAGAAGGAGCUCAGGCUGGAGACAUCCACCACCCCUGCACACUGGGUCCUGGAGGCUGCAGGCAGGCAGUAGACUAUUGCUGAAGAAUUGAGGGGCAGGAGGGGAAGGUGCUCAGUACAGGUGAAUGGUCUCCACUGGGGGUGAUAGUGCAAGGAUGAUGAGUGCAGUCAUACUCAGAACUAUUAUAUCUGUGCUUUCCUGGAGCAGCCACUGAUGUCUAGGAGCUGAUUGUGUAGGUGCAUUACCUGUAUCUACACAGUGAGAGGGACUGCACCGUGUAUAUAUAGGGGCUUUGUAGUGUUAUAUGGACAUCGGUGCAUAUAUAUGGGUCUAGGCAGUGUAUGUAUAGGGGACAUAUACGUGCUAUAGAGGACGCUGCUGUGUCUGGGGUCAGGGCAUGGUGUAUAUAGAUGCCUGUAUGUAGGGUCUGUGCCCGGUGAGGGGGGUCUGUGGUGUCUGUAGUCCAUCCUUGCAGCCUAUUCACACUCUGGUCUGGCUGUGGCAGGGAUACUGUGCACAGUGUGUGGGGGGCUCCGACACAGGAGGGUCGUAUAGCAGAGGAUCAGGAUAUACAGACUGGGGGACCCCUGGGAACCUUACAAUUCUGGCUGUGCAGGUCCUGAGGACAUGGCAGCAGUGCUGGGCAGGUGUACAUGUCGGACUCCUCGUCUAAGGGCAAUGGCUUUCACAUGACAAGACGUUGAGGUUCCCUACAGACUGCAAUGGCGAAAACCACAGUGGAGACAUCACCAGUACAGCAACAGCCUCCCCUCCACUUCUGCCACUGUAGAAAUGAGGCCGUGGGCCUCCACCAACCAUAGCAGGGACAGAAGUUAUCAGCUUUCACAGCCUCUGCCUGACAUUGUGCUUCAUGCCACACGUUCUCCUCAUCCUUCUUCUGAUCCCAGACACCAGAAAGGAGAAGGAUGAAUCACUACAUCUGCUGCCUGCUGCUGCUGAGCUUUGUGCUGGACACGUCCACCUACGGACCGAACACCAGAGCCCAGAAGAAGGGAGACAUCAUCCUUGGUGGCCUCUUCCCCAUUCAUUUCGGAGUCAAUUCUAAAGAUGAGAUCUUGGAGUCAAGACCAGAAUCCCUCGAAUGUACCAGAUACAACUUCCGCGGGUUCCGAUGGUUACAGGCCAUGAUAUUCGCAAUUGAAGAAAUUAACAACUCCACCGCCCUGUUACCGAAUAUCACCCUGGGCUAUCGGAUCUUUGACACCUGUAACACCGUGUCCAAGGCGCUGGAGGCCACACUCAGCUUCGUGGCCCAGAACAAGAUCGACUCCCUCAAUCUGGACGACUUCUGUAACUGUUCAGAACACAUGCCCUCCACCAUCGCUGUGGUGGGCGCCACCGGCUCCGGAAUAUCUACCGCAGUAGCCAAUCUGCUGGGACUUUUCCAUAUACCUCAGGUUAGUUAUGCUUCCUCUAGUCGACUGCUAAGCAACAAAAAUCAGUACAAAUCUUUUUUGAGGACCAUGCCCAAUGAUGAGCAACAAGCCACGGCGAUGGCCGACAUCAUUGAGUAUUUCCAGUGGAAUUGGGUGGGAACCAUUGCUGCAGACGAUGACUAUGGACGCCCGGGGAUUGAGAAGUUUAGAGAAGAAGCAGAAGAGCGAGACAUCUGCAUAGACUUCAGUGAGCUCAUCUCGCAGUAUUCACCCAUUGAGGAGAUUGAAAAAGUGGUUAACAUGAUCCAGAACUCGACAGCUAAAGUCAUUGUGGUCUUCUCCAGUGGACCUGACCUUGAACCCCUCAUCAAGGAGAUUGUCAAGCGCAACGUCACGGGGCGCAUCUGGCUGGCCAGCGAAGCCUGGGCCAGCUCCUCACUGAUCGCCAUCCCGGAGUACUUCCACGUCAUUGGAGGUACCAUCGGCUUUGCCUUGCGAGCAGGACGGAUUCCUGGGUUUCGUGAAUUUUUGCACAAAGUGCAUCCCAAAAUGUCCAACAGCAAUGGUUUUCUCAAAGAAUUCUGGGAGGAAACGUUUAACUGUUACAUGCCCGAUGGAUUGAAGAAGAACAGUAACACCACAGCUUGUACGGGGCAGGAGAACAUCACCAGCGUGGAGACGCCCUACCUGGAUUUUACUCAUUUACGGAUAUCGUAUAAUGUGUAUUUAGCCGUGUACUCCAUCGCCCAUGCACUGCAAGACAUAUACAUGUGCACGCCCGGAAAAGGGCUCUUCACCAAUGGGUCAUGUGCAGAUAUAAAGAAGGUGGAAGCCUGGCAGGUCUUGAAACAUCUGCGGCACCUCAAUUUCACCAAUAAUAUUGGGGAGCAGGUAGAUUUUAAUGAUUUCGGGGACCUGAUGGGGAAUUACACCAUCAUUAACUGGCACCUGACAAAGGAGGAUGGUUCAGAUGAAGUUGUCUUCGAAGACAUUGGCCAAUAUAACGUCUACGCCAAGAAAGGCGAACGUCUGUUCAUCAAUGAGAGCAAAAUCUUAUGGAGCGGAUUCUCCAGAGAGGUUCCUUUUUCAAACUGCAGCAGAAUCUGCCAGGAAGGCACCAGGAAAGGCAUCAUUGAAGGAGAGCCCACCUGCUGCUUCAGCUGUGAGGACUGUCCAGAUGGGGAGUACUCGGAUGAGACAGAUGCGAGUGCCUGUGAGAAAUGUGCCACAGAUUACUGGUCCAAUGAAAACCACACGUCCUGCAUCGCCAAAGAGAUAGAGUUCCUGUCUUGGACAGAGCCCUUUGGAAUAGCCCUGACACUGUUCGCCAUCCAGGGGAUAUGCCUGACGUCCUUCGUCUUCAGUGUUUUCAUCAAAUUCCGCAACACUCCCAUCGUCAAGGCCACCAACCGAGAGCUGUCAUAUCUCCUCCUGUUCUCCCUGCUGUGUUGCUUCUCUAGUUCUUUGUUUUUCAUUGGAGAACCCGAGGACUGGACUUGUCAGUUACGGCAGCCGGCAUUUGGUAUUAGCUUUGUCCUUUGUAUUUCGUGCAUCUUGGUGAAGACCAACCGUAUCUUGCUUGUCUUCGAAGCCAAAAUCCCCACCAGCUUUCAGCGGAAAUGGUGGGGCCUGAACCUCCAGUUUCUUCUUGUGUUCCUUUGUACCUUUGUUCAAAUUGUGACUUGUAUUAUCUGGCUUUACAGUGCACCCCCGAAGAGUGCUAAAAAUCACGAAGACGAGAUCAUUUUUGUCAUAUGUAAUGAGGGAUCAUUGAUGGCUCUUGGUUUCUUGAUCAGCUACAUUUGCUUACUUGCCGCAAUUUGCUUUUUCUUUGCCUUCAAAGCCAGAAAACUGCCGGAAAAUUUCAAUGAAGCAAAGUUUAUCACUUUCAGCAUGCUCAUAUUCUUCAUUGUCUGGAUCUCCUUCAUUCCGGCUUAUGUAAGCACCUAUGGGAAAUAUGUGUCAGCUGUUGAGGUCAUUGCCAUCCUGGCUUCCAGUUUUGGCUUGCUGACUUGCAUUUUCUUCAAUAAGGUCUAUAUCAUUUUGUUCAAACCAUCUAGGAACACCAUUGAAGAGGUUCGAUGCAGCACGGUAGCCCAUGCAUUCAAAGUUGCAGCCAGAGCCACCCUGAGACGCAGCAAUGUUUCCCACAAAAGGUCUAACAGCUUGGGAGGCUCAUCAGGUUCCACUCCAUCAUCUUCCAUCAGCAGCAAAAGCAACCACGAUGCACAUGUCGUAGCAGCGGAGCGAGCCAGGAGCUGCAAGCAGAAGGUGAACAUUGGGAGUGGAACCGUCACUUUGUCUCUCAGCUUUGAGGAACCUUCGAAAAAUUCUGUGUCCAACAAGGCUAUGAAACCCAAAAGAGAGGAGGCAAAGAACAGUGAUGACAGCUUGAUGAGACACAAGGCUUUGCUCCCAUUGCAAAACAGUGAUGCCGGCAGCGAAUCCAGCUUUAGAACAGCCUCCAACAUUGACGAGUCUGAGGCACAGGGUUAUACCGGUCAAGGCAACACAGACAAAUCUAGCAUGGCAGCUUCAACAAUUCAGGAGGAUAGGCAUGAUGUUGAUGGAUCCAUCAAAGAAAACAUGAUAAACUCCUAAUAAAUCUCUUGAGAUGGCAGUAAAUUUUAACGUCAGUCCAGACCUUAUGACAGUGUUGAUCAAAGACUUCUUUCUUCUGGAAGACAAAGGACUGUUCUUCAAAGAAUUGGUGGACCUUUAUUCUUCUGAAAGAUGAAAGACAGUUCUUCAAAUCGUUGGUGGAACUUUUUCCUCUAGAGGACUAAGGACAGUUCUUCAAAGCAUUGGUGGAACUUUCUUCUGGAAGACGAAGGACAGUCCUUCAAAGUGUUGGUGGAUCCUAAGAGGGAACAUGCACCAAAUUUACUGGAGACUUCUCUCUCCAUUUGUGUAUUACUGUUAAAUGAACUUAUAGGAUUAGUCACUUGUAUCUUGUUUUGGUGAACUCGCAUAUCCUUCCUACUGCCAAUAUGUAACUGCAUAAUGUAUCUAAGCCAUGAUUCCAUUGUAGGAGAAGUAUUCUCCUGUACCAGUUACUAUAAUUGUGUUCCCUGUUCUUGUUGGUGGGUCCCAUGCAGAUCUUUUUGAAAAUUCAAAGUAAGAUGUAUGUGUAGACCUCUUUAGUCACAUCAUGCGUAUGAUAAUCUAUUAAUCACAUAGGGUAUUUCUAUGCUAAUUUAUUGGUUUGUACAUUUAAUGGUGGCAUAGUGGUCAGUAUUGUUACCGUGCAGCACUAGGGUGAAUUCCAGGACGCCUUCUGCAUGGAAUGUGUAUGUAAAUCUUUCAUACUGGUUUCGUCUUGACCAACCCUAAAAAGGAAUCAUAAAAGUAAACAAAUCAAUCCCCAGCUUGUUCUGCAUGAUCCUAACACACACUCUUGUAGAAAUCCUGCAGAGAACGUGGGGUUAAUCACCUGCUGGUCUUUUCCAUUUUCAGUUGAGGGUGAGGCUUAGCCAAGAAGGCUGGGGCUUAACCAUCUUUGUGUCUUUCUGCAGAGGGGGGAGGUUCCUGCUGCAGCCAGUUGUCCUACAACCAGGCACAGGACAGUAAGGAGCAGGAGGAGGGACGUGGCUGAGCUUCUGCAAAACAGAGAGAAAAUUACUUCAUAGAUUUCUCAGUUUUAAUAGUAUUAGGAGAUGCAUUUUAACAGGGGCCCCACCCCAUAGUAAUCUUCAAUCCUUUGGGUAAAUCUUGGCAUAACAAUGAGAGAGACCUAGCGGCUCAAAUGUAGCCGAUUGGAUGUUCAUGGAAUCGUUUGUGCAAGUGAUCGGACCAGCUAGACCUAUCAGCCAGUUUAGGUUAAAAAAAAAAUACACACAGAGCUUUCGAAAAACUAGCUGGUGAUCAUGUCAUGCACUUGAUAAAAUUGUCCGAAUAGAGGGAUCACAUUUUCAAAAGCUGUAAGACUGCUUUAAAGCCAAUCAUUUGGGUUGAAUUAAAAAAAAAAAACUUUUAGGCCAUUUGAGCCAACUUUUUAUCUGAUGUGUGUGGGCAGCUUAAGAGCAUCCAUCGAUGUUAGGUCUGUCUCUGUACACCUGUACCCAAUUGUUUUUUGAGGAACCAAAUCUGCAUCUGAACGUCUUACUGUAGACCCUACAAGGCUGAAGCUGCCUGUGUUGAUGUGGCUUUUCUUAUUGUGUGACAGUGUUGUAUGAAUAUUACUGUUCUAGAUCUCGUCCCUCAGUAACACUUCCUGGAGACCCCCUUAAAUCUCCUCCUUGUUUUAGAGCAGCUACGUGACAUCAUUUAAUAAA